CUCCAUUUAGUUGAACCGUCAUCGCCAGAGCGAGACUCUUACAGCACUUCAGGGACGUUUUAUUAGCAGAUCUCCUUGUAGUUAUGUCGGACGGCGAAUACGUCGACGGAAGUUACUACUUCUAUGCCCCCAACAAAGGAGCCGCCAUCUUCUUUCUCGUUUCCUUCUUGGCAUCAGGCUCUUUUCAUGUCUGGGAGUGCUUCAACUACAAGUGUUGGAAGCUGACGCCUCUAUUCCCCUUCUGUUGCCUCCUCUUUACUGUUGGAUUCGCCCUUCGUGAGUAUGGAGCCUUCCACUAUGACAACCUCGACGCAUUCAUUGCGAGCAUCUGCAUUACCUAUGCCGCCCCACCACUCCUUGAGCUACAAAACUACCACAUCUUGGGCCGAAUCCUCUACUACGUCCCCUAUCACUCGCCCCUCCACCCUGGCCGAGUCCUGACGACCUUCGGGUUCAUCUCCGGCAUCAUCGAGGCUCUGAACGGCUGGGGUGCAUCGUACUCGGCAAAUCAAUCGUUGACAGAUAGCGAGAUUGAGACGGGCCAUGCCCUUAUCAAGACGUCAUUGAUCCUCCAGAUCGUCGUGGCUGUCUUGUUCAUAGCGCUCACCACAAUGUUCCACCGCAGGUGCCUGGCCAAUGGCAUUAAUAAUCAACUGUUGAGCAGUUCGCUGUUGACGCUCUAUAUUAGUAUAUUCCUCAUCUUGACACGCACCAUCUUUCGCUUGGUCGAGUACUUUGGCGUUGCCAAGCUUCGUAUCAGGCCUGGGUUCAACCCCAUGUCGAUGUCGCCGAUUAUUCGCUACGAAUGGUUCUUCUACGUCUUCGAAGCGACUAUCAUGCUUAUCAAUGUUGUUAUGUUCAAUAUGCGUCACCCCCGACGAUAUCUGCCGAAGAGCAACAAGAUCUACCUUGCGCAGGAUGGCGUGACGGAGGUGGAAGGCCCCGGAUUCAAGGACCCCAGGCCGUUCUGGCUGACUCUCGUGGACCCGUUCGACAUCCGGGGCAUUCUGAGUGGAGAGUCAAAGCAGGAUAGGUUCUGGGAGACACAUGACCAGGGUGCUCUGGACAACAGAGAGAGGGUCAAGUCAGAUACGGAGCUGGUAUGAAAGGGGAUUUGAGGCGUCGAAGAUGAAGAGACGAGACCGGAGUGGGGACGGAGCGAAUCGAUUUUGGCAACGUUGGCGAGAGCUUAACUAACUGGUCGGCGACCUCAGAGUCGAAUGAAACUGCCUCGCUAGCAGCCCUCGGGCUG